ACAUUCUGUUACUUUACUAGAAAAAUAAAUAAUGUUGAAGGUAAGGACUAAAUAGCAUGUUGGCCUAUGCUGUGUAUGUUUUGGUGUUGUUUGUCGUACUGGCAUUCACAAAAUGGCUGGGAUUGCGGUUGCUGUUCAAGUGUGUGUCUGUGAAGGUGCAGGAAAAGUUCAAGAUCACAAUGACAGUGAACAGAAUUCACUUCACCUACCUUGAAGGAAUUGUCUUGCGGAAAGAGGGACUGUUUAAAAUUCAUAUUGAACGCAUUGGUUUAAGUUCAAAAUGGUUGAAUCCCUUAUGCAACAAACCAUUGACUUUAUUUGUUGGGCCAACAACAGUUACUUUAAUGCUAAAUUGUUCGUCUGAUGAAAAGCAAAAGAGAAAGAAACAAGCAAAACUAAAAGAUCCAGUCUUGCUAAAUAUGUUGGCUGCUAAUAUGGUCAGAUUCUGUUUUCAGCAUAUUGGAGCAGUGUUUCAGAAUUUGUCGAUAACAUCACAAUUUUGUGACCUUACAACAAACUGGUCAACUGACAUGACCUUAAAGAUUGAAACUUUAUCAGACAGUCUCUGCAUUGAAGUAGAUUUAUCAAAUUCCAAACUAACGACACUCCAUGAUGAGAUGCCAUUUUUGUUCAUCUCUCAUGAGUUGAAAAUACAAACUUUCAUCACUCCAGGGCUGACUGUCAGUGCUAUGAGACACAAGUUGAAUAUAAAGAAGUUGCAUGUCGAUGUUAGUGAAGAUCUAGUGGAUUUCCUACUUGGUGCAAAAAAAAGGUUAAAGUAUUCGCAACCUGUAGAAGCAGUUUCUGAUGAGUUUAUUAUUGACGAAGCUGGUAACGAUGACAUAGAUAAAUUUAUAUCCAUGUUGAAUAUAUUACCUCAGGCAAUAAAAUGUUCGAUUGAAAAUUUUCAAAUUGUUUAUAAAUUAAAUGACCAUAGAGAAUUACGUAUGGAUUGGAAUUGUGUUUUAUCCUGGCAAAGGCUUGAACUUGACCAAUAUCAAGCAGCUUUAGAUGUAUUAGGUUUUAUAAUUAAUGGAACAAAUCACUGCAAAUUACUACUGUUUAAACAAGUCACUUUAAAAUUAGAUAUAUAUACAGACAGUCGUGAACAAAAAUUACAACUGAAUACCAAAGUUGAUUCAUGCCAUUUUGAUUUUAUAUACGAAGAACUUUUAAAUUGGAAAGCGCACUUCUUGUCCUUGCAUGAAACACACAGCGUAGGAGAUUUUACUAACAGAGAUGCUGUUGUGACAAAGAAAAAGAAAUCAAAAUUGCUAUCUAACUUUGCAUUUAAUGCUGAUGUUUCACUUGAAAAUUGCUCAUGUGAUUUGUACACAACAUUAGAAGAAUCCUUAGGUUCAUCUUUAUCAACCUUCUACUUUGGAAAUGUGACUCUCAGUAUCAAGGAUGGUAUCAUUGACAAGAAAACACUAUGCUGUGGUAUAUCACUAAAUGAUGUUUACUGUUAUAUGAAUGUAGAGAAUAUUCUCACCGAGAACGCAUGUACAUUUCCAUGUCAACUGGAGGAUGAUGAACCUACGUGUUUGCCUUCUUCUGAAAGACAUGCAUGGGGUAGAAUAUUUGAGCUUGGAAAAAUCUCUUUACAACUUGAUGUGCAACCAGGUCUUAUAAAUUGUAAAUCAAAAGUUACCUUUAUCUCACUUGAAUGGUCACUGGCUAUGGGUACCUCUCUUAUCAAUUUGUUAAGAAGAAUGAAAAUCAAGUCAUUCCAACAAAACAUGAAAGAAGGAAAAUCUGAAGGAAAAAAUGAAAGGUCUUUUGAAGUUGAUGCAGAAGUUGAGGUGGAAAAUAUCAACUUAUUUAUGAUUGGUGAUAAAGAAGGUGGUUACAACUCACUACUGUUUAAACUUGACACAUUCAAUGUUGCAACAGGUGACAAAACAGAACCAAUGAUGAUGGAAGCCAAUGGAGUUGUGUUUACCCAGCUCACUGAGUUGAGGCAACUCAAAACGGGUGACGUAUUUUUCUGCAGUAAAUCAGAAACGUAUAGGAACAACUUAUUCGUCAUCCCAUCAGUUUCUGCUUGCACAAAAAAUUUUACAAAUCUUGUGACUUUUAAUGUGAGUAUUGGUGUUGUAAACAUCGACUGGACACCAAAUUUACACAUGGCUCUUUACGAACAAAUUACUGAAGUAGAGACAUGUAUUCAAUCAGUUAACGAAUUAGAUCUUCUGCGAAACAAAGUAAAGGAUAAAAACCCAAACAGUUCAAAUGCGUUUGAGGUGAAAUUCAGCAUUGCAUCAUUUGCUCUGAACAUGGCAACAGCAAAAGACCAUACUUUCGCUUUACAAUCUACAGGCUUUGCAGUUGAUAUAUGUGGCAGAGAUAUAAAUAUUGAAAAUUCAAAUAUUGGGCUUUUGUUUGAUGGUGUUGAGAUUUUUCAAUUUGAGAAUGUUCAAGCGAAGCAGCUUCAAGAUGAAACAUUGCACCAUGUAAGGCAAGACUUUAAAUCUCUACAAGUGGAGAAUAAAUUUUGGAGUGUUUCUGCUUAUAAUGUAUGCACAAACUUUCCGUAUAAGUUUGAUUUUGGUGAAUCAUUGGAAAAGUUUCAAGCUAUAGUAAAGAUGCUAAAACUUUUACACAAGAAACCAAAACCUGUUGAUUAUGUUGAAACAUUACUCCCCGACUUGCAUAUCAAAUUGGAGAAUGUCACAGUUGAGUUUGAUGACGAUCCAUUUGAAGUGCGCCUUGGCGAUAACUUUUUGUUGUUGAGUGAUGAAAUUGAACAAGCUAUUGAAAGAGAACAAAAACUAGAAGCAAAGUUGAAUCAGAUCAAAUCAGAAAAAGGAGCACUCAUUUCAGGAAAGAAGUUGGAUGAGCUCAAACGAAAUUUAAAAGAAAAGAAUGCCCAGAUAUAUAUCGAUCGUUCAAAAGAAAUGUACGAAGAUCGUCCACCACGGAAGACAUUGUUUUUGAUUUUUUUCAAACAAAUUGAAUUGUCAGUACUUGCUGAUGAUUCACUGCAUGGAAAGGAAAAUAUUAUAUCACAUAUGACAACAGUGGACCCUGAUAGUCCUUUUCCUGAUAACCUGGAAUUUACUACGCUAUGGGGCAGAAUGAUCAGUGGGAAAUUUAACUUUUUAAAGAUGUUGAUUCGAGAUUAUCCUCAACCAUUGUUAUCCAUUGAAUCCUUCACCACACGUGGAAUGAUUAUUGGAUCUGAAGUUUGCGGAGUUGAAUCAGCUACGAGAGAAUUAAACAUUGAAAUUGGUCAACCUUGGAAAGAACUAACCAUUGUGAAAAAUAUGCCACCCUUGAAGUUUUACUAUGAUUUAAAAUGGGAUAUGUCAAGCUGUCAAGUAUCAUGGGGUGCUCACUUUGAACCCACAUUUGCAAUGGUGGCCCAAGCGUUCGAUAUUCUCUCGAAGGCCAGUAUUGAUCCAAGUCCACCUCUUCCCUUCUGGGAUAAGAUGCGAUUAUUAUUUCAUGGUAAAUUAAAGGCCGAUAUUGCAGACUUUAAUAUUUUGUUGAGUGCCUCCACUGAUCCAUACAAUACUACAGAGACAUUAGAGAUUGAGUGGAGUGCUGUUACCUUGGAAUGGACCAAUGGAAAAAUUUCCAUUGAUGGGGACUUUGAUUUAUUUACUCGUACAGCAUCAAAAUAUGAUGACAGUCAAGUUAUACACUUUCCUGAUUUCAAAUUAGGGUUCCAGUUGGAAUGGUUAUGUGCUGGAGACUGCAAUGAUCACCAUAAUGUUUAUCCAACCAAUCCAAAUUACAUUGAUGAAGAAGAACAUGAUUCAUAUGCUAUGUUUCGUUCUUCUAAUUUAAAUAUGAAUGUUUCCAUGGAAGUAUCCACUGACCAUUCUCAGACGCAGUUAGGAGAUGACCCUCCUCAUGUGUUUUUGUAUGCAAGUACCUUUCGCUGGUUUCAAAAUUAUCAAGCUGUUGUGAUUAGCAGAGUUUCAAGACCAAUAAAACGUGGUCCCUUGUUUAACAAUGUGAAACCGCGGAAACUAACAUUGGGAAGACAUUUCAAAUUAGUUGGUGUUGAUUUUAAAUUUCCAUCUUUAAAUGUGACGUAUUGGGGAUCAUUUGAACAAGAAGUUGGUUUUGAAAUCACCAUCUGUUCUGGACUUUUAUCAGUUGCUUACCAGGUGUUUAUCAGUCCACCUGAAGGCAUGGAUUUGAUUCGUAGGCCAGUUGCCAAUUGGAUAAUCAGGGGGUUAAACAGCAUUUUUGAAAAAACACGAGUUUCACUUCUUCAGUCAACUGAAAAGAAACUUGAUGCUGAAUUCACUGAAGAUGAAUUAUUAUGUGAAGAAGAUGAGAGUGCUGUGAAGAAACAUUACUUGUUCAGUGUAUCAAAAGUUGAAUAUCAAAGACAGUCAGCCAUCUUAGAGGAGGCUUUUACACACAAGAUCUUGCUACACUGUUUUAAAGGUGCAUGGACAGUUAUCAACAGGGAACUAGCUGUUGGUUUGUUUGCUGCAUAUUCCAAAAUGCAGCGUUUGAAAAAAGUCUUGUCAGCCGAAGCCCUAAAAUCAACAAGUGAAAUAAAUGCUGAUUCAAAAAAAGACAAAUCAGCAAAUUCAUCUUUGCUGGAUACAUCUGCAACAAAAAGUCCUUUGACAAGACUUCAAUCUGGUAAUGGAAUCUUGCUACUAGAGAAGCUCGUAUCAGAACAAUCAUCAAAGUUUAUUGCUCAGUCAGAGGAGGGUGAAAGUUCGGAUUAUGACUUUGAGAAAACAACAGAUGAUGAGGAUGUUGAUAUUAUACAGAAAAAUUGGCACAUUGAACUUGUGAAUUCACAAGUCUUGCUGCACGGGAAAAAUACCAAGGGUGCAAUUAUUGUUACAUCUGCAAAUGCCACAAUAUUAAAGAGAUUGCAUCUUCCUAUAUGUGCUGCCACUGAAGUGCUUACAAAACUCAAUAAAGUGACAUGGUGUGGGAAGUUUCGUAAUUUACAGCACUUUUCCACCGUAACAAAUUUUAAAGACAUCACAGUUGAUAACAUUCCAUGGUUAACUGAGAAUGUUAUUGUUGGUGAAUCGACGGAGGAAAAAGAUGACCCUCAUAACAUUUCUUCCUAUAUGAAAACCAGUGAUGCGGUUGGUGCAUUUGUUGAUGUGAAUGUUCUUGGUGAAACGUGUCAAUUACAACGUGUUAUUUCUCGUUGUGGAUGUGAGUUUAGAUACGUUAGUUUGGAUGAUGAGUUAGAUCCUGUUGCAGAGGAAUAUGGCCCCUCAACUCCACAACCAUCAUCUGAAGCUCUUACAAACAAAGCUGAAUUUGCAAGCACGCUGUAUUUAAAACAUGGAAAGUUGGAAAUGUCUACAAGUACUGCACAGUAUGAAGUAAUUGCUGAUAUCUGUCAAAACUUAAUCUUUUAUACCGAGCCAAAGAAGAAAAAGGGCCAAGAAAAACUGGAAAAAAUGAAAUUUAAAUUACAACUUUCCACUGAACAGGAUUUAAAAGGGAAUAUUCUCCAGUUGCAAAAUAGAGUUAGGCAGACCUUGUUGAAAUUGAGAAGAUACGAAAGAAAUUUUUUCGAUUAUAAAAGAAAAGUGGAAGAAAUUAAAGAUUCUGAAGAAAAUGCUGACUUAUUGUUGGAAAUUCAAGAGAUAAUUUUUGAUUUGCAAGAUCAGAUUGAAGUUACAAAAGAACAGUUGUUUGAAGAUGUAGAAGAAUUAAAAAUACUAAUAAACGUGUACAAAGAUGUAGAACAAAUAACUUCUCUUACCCCAUCUUCUCAGAAAGGGGUCUCGUCUCUACGAAAACAAAUCGAUGUACUUUUUGAUGAGAUGCAAUGGUUGAUUGUAAAACAGGAUGGACAACUUGGUAUAGCAAAUGUAUUCAUCAAAAAAUUUAAGUAUAAUCAAUUCGCAUAUACUGACAACAGUAUUGAACAUUGUUUUGAAGUUGGUCAUUUUGCAGUCAAGAAUCUACUACCUAAUGAAACAUAUAGAGAAGCUCUUAUUCCACAUGAAGUUAACAUUCGUCGCCAUUUAGAUAAAAGUGUUAUGUUGAGAAUAUUUUGUAGAGUGUCCCCACCAGUGGCUGGGAUCGAGGUUAAGGAACAUUUUGAAGUCAAUGUGUGUCCAAUUGCAGUGCGACUGACGUAUAAAUUGUUUGUAAAUAUGGAAAGCUUUUUGUUUCCGAAGCCACAACAAAAUGAAACUGUUGAGCAUGAAUUUCAACCCGGAAUGCAGGUCCAAAGCAGUGCAAUGGAUGAUAAGAAAGAUGCUGAUAGCAGUGAACAGAGUAUUGCACCAUUUAAAAUACCUCCUGCACGUCCUCCGCCACCCAGACCACCUCCACCAAGACCAGCACCUCCUGUCAUGCGUGGCUCAAUAAGACGGAAAACUUCAGCUACAUCAAUGAUAGUGGAAGGUGAGACUGCAGCAAACACCAAGGCGAAAAAGAACGUUCCCAAUUUAGAACUUCCAGACCAAGCGAUCAGUCCACCACUGUUGUCUCCCUCUGCGCCACCUACUCUAACACGGGGAACGAGUUUUAAACGAACUUCAUUUAAAGAGGUGUCUUUGUCUGCAUCAGUGUCAUCAGCUGAUCGUGAUGUGAACACGAUGAAGGAGAGAGCUUCAAAGAAUCACACCUUCAUUUACGUAAAAAUACCAGAAGUUCCUGUUUGUUUCAGCUAUAAGGGUGAAAAAGAGCGAAAUAUAGAAGAUGCACACGAUUUUAAUUUAUGCUUGCCAACACUUGAAUAUCACAGUCGUACGUGGACGUGGCAGGAUUUAUUUCAAGCACUGAAAAAGGACUAUACUCAAACACUUGUUCCACAGAUUUUGAAAGAAAAGCUCCAUCUAAAAAGUGCUGGUGCAGAUACGAAACCAAGCAUUGCUCAAGUAGAUGAUAACAACAAGGCAAAGUUAUUAUUUGGUGAAAAGCCAACAACUCAAAAGAAAUCUGCCAAGAAAUUGUUGUUCGGUAAACUUUUAAAACCUGGGAAGUCUUCGUCAAAUGAGAAGUUAAACGAACAGGGAGGUACUUCUGGAGCCUCCUCUUCAUCAGAGUUAGAUCCGAAACAGGAGUUGAUGGGACGUGGUAUUGAACCGGCCAAUUUAGAACAUGCUUUUAAAAGACUAAGAGGCACGGGUCCUGACAAUGACAAGCCAGUCAAGUAGUUACUUAUAUGUAACCCUAUGGUGUAUGCCUUAAAUGUUUGUAACCCAGCUUGAAUGCUUUGAGAGUACACAGUGGAAAUACCCAGAAUGUCGGUAGAUAUAAACAUAAAUUAAUUUUGAACAGUUCUCUUCUAAUUAGUAAGAAUAUUUUAAUUUUACACUAGAAUUAUUGUUUUAACAUUUUCCUAUUAAAGAUUCAUAAAACACUCUUUAUAUUAUAUUUACUUUGUAGUAUUUAUUAUUAGUCUUGUUGAAUUAAAAUUAUUAUUGUUUGAAAAGUAUAAUAGAUUUGAUUGAUCGCCUUGUUUUUACAUACCAGGACGUACCAGUAAGAAGUAUGAAGGCACAAAAACAUAGUUUGGUAUACAUACCAAAAGAUUUUCAAAACAAAUGAAAAAAGAUGAGGAUGUGAGUGGUCUACUAAAGUGUUGAUACUUUUUCCCGAUAUCAAAGUAUUAAAGUGAUUAGACCUGAAUCAGACUGAGAAUAGGAUGUAGCUUUACUUAAAACCAUUAUAUAAAUUGUGUAUCAAUUUACAUUUGGUCUUGCACCUUAACACUUUAUUACCAAUAAAAAGUAUUUUUUAAAUUGCUAUAAAAAUAAAGGUACAAUUAACAAAGUGCUUCGCUUACAAGUGUGUCUUACUUGCUACAAUAAUUCAAAUCAAUUGUAUUAAAUGAAAUGGGAACAUUAGUUUAACGGAAAAGUAUGAUGACUUGUUGAAUUUUCUAAUUGUCAGUGGAAUUAUCGUUGUCUCAAAAGAACCUUGUUAUGAGCAAUAUAACAUCAGUAAUUGUUAGCCUUUAGUUCAAUGUAAAAAUAUAAAUAUAAGAAAUUUCUAAAUUUUAUUUAUCACGUUUAUCAUAUCAGCUUUCCAUUUGUGUGAUUUACAACAAUAUAUUUUAUGGCUAGUUAUCUAAUAAUGUGUGACUUUAAAGUUGAAUUUGAAAUAUAUUGCUUGUAAACAGAAGUUUUGAAAUGUUUGAGAGAUGUAAUUAUUACGGUAAUACGCUUGGUCAUCUUGCUUCAGAUUACAUUUUAUGAUAAUUCUCUA